AUGAGAGAUCCAGAACCCUGCAGAAUCAAACACACUGAAGACACUGAAGAACUAACAGAGCUGAUGGAAGAGAGCGAGGAGAGAGAAGAACUGAGUGAAGUGGAGGAGAAACAUCACGACGAACCUGGAGAAAAACCUUCGAGUCGCUCGAAGACUAAAAAGACAUUUUUAAAGAAAAGAAAAGCCGAUAAAUCUUUCACCUGCACUCAGUGUGGGAAGAGUUUCCCAUACAAGCAAAGUCUUGAGCGUCACAUGAAAAUCCACACUGGAGAAAAGCCUUUUACAUGUGAACAGUGCGGGAAGAGUUUCUCACAAUCAGCACAUCUUAAAGUACACAUGAAAAUCCACACUGGAGAAAAGCCACACGCGUGUGAUCAGUGCGGGAAGAGUUUCACAUACAAACAUCAUCUUAAUGAUCACAUGAGGACCCACACCGGAGAGAAGCCGUUCAUGUGCGGUCAGUGUGAAAAGAGAUUCUCAAACAAACAAAGUCUUGAGGGUCACAAGAGUGUUCACACUGGAGUGAAGCUGUUCAUAUGUGGCCAAUGUGAAAAGAGCUUCACGCAAUCAGCAACUCUUAAACGACACAUGAGAGUUCACACUGGAGAGAAGCCACACGCGUGUGAUCAGUGUGGGAAGAGUUUCACAUACAAACAUCAUCUUAAUGAUCACAUGAGAGUUCACACAGGAGAGAAGCCAUUCAAGUGUGAUCAGUGCGAGAAGAGUUUCACAUACAGACACAAUCUUGCUGAUCACAUGAGGAUCCACACUGGAGAGAAGCCAUAUGCAUGUGAUCAGUGCGGCAAAACAUUUCUUCGGUCAUCAGACCUGAAGGCACACUUGACGGUUCAUACGCAGGAGAAGCCACAUUCAUGUUCUGAUUGUGGAAAGUGUUUUUCACUGCUGCGGAGAUUACAUAGACAUGAGAAAAUUCACACUGAUGUGAGAGAGUACAUGUGCUUUGAGUGUGACAAGACUUUUAUUUCAGCGAACUGUUUAAAACAGCACGAGAGGAUCCACACUGGAGAGAAACCUCACAAGUGUUCACACUGUGACAAGACAUUCAGUCGGUCAGGAGAUCUGAAAAAACAUGAGAAGAUCCACAGCAGAGAGAAACCGCACACGUGUGAUCAGUGCGGGAAGAGUUUCGCUUUUAAAAGUCACCUGAAGCUACACAUGAAGAUCCAUUCAGUGGAGAAACCACACAGUGAUGUUCACAAGUCUUUAUCGCUGGAGUCCGAGUCAAGUCUCGAGUGA